GCCCGACCCCUGGGUUCCAUUGUAGCUCUGGGAGAGGCCUGGGGGCUUGAAGCGUAGGGCAGGACUGCAGCGAGUCUCAGCACGGACUGGCAUCUUCUUAUAUGAGGAAACUGAGUCACGGAGCUGACAGAUUUACUCGACCCCAACACAUCUGUCUCCAGUUGCAAGGAAGCCAUAACAGGAGUAUCCAGUGCCAGUGAAUGCCUCCAAGAGUGAAUUCAGCGCUGGAUCCUCAGCUGUCAGAGACGGACAGCCUCUCUUUAUCCUCCACACAGCCUUCCAGAGCAAGUGUGCCUUCCAGCUAUUCACCACUUCACCUGCCCUGUGAGGAUCCUGUUCCUGAGGGCUAACUCACCAGGAUGUCCCAAGCAACCAAACGCAAGCAUGUGGUGAAAGAAGUGUUGGAGGAGUAUGUGGUUCCAUCUCCUCAACAGCAGAUUGUCCGGGUCCUAGGGACCCCAGGAAACAACCUCCAUGAGGUAGAAACGGCCGAAGGAACCAGAUUCUUAGUGAGCAUGCCCACAAAAUUCCGCAAGAACAUCUGGAUCAAACGAGGGGACUUUCUGCUGGUGGACCCUAUUGAAGAGGGUGAGAAAGUGAAGGCUGAGAUCAACUUUGUGUUAUACAAGGACCACAUGCGAUACCUAAAGAAAGAAGGGCUCUGGCCUGAGGCCUUCUCCUCUGACACUGCAGAAAGUCAGCCCAGCUCUGAGGCGAGGGAGGAGCAACAAAGGGCUGUGCACUCCUCGGGGGAAGAGGAUUCAGAUGACGACAGCGACCUGUUUGUGAACACGAACAGACUGCACUACAGCUGCACAGAGAGCGAGGAUGACAGCGAGGAGGAGGCUGUGGUGGCCAGUGACCAAGAGGAGGAAGAAAAAUAGCAACCCGUGGUCAGAAAUGUGAUCUUCUAGCCUCCCUACCCUUGAGGAAUCUGAAGCAGCAGGAAGGAACCUGAACUCACAUCCACAGGCCUGGUAAAUGCUCCAGCUGUCUUGGGACUGCCUCAGUGCUGCCCCCCCCCCCCAUUGGGGGCAUAUUUCUUCUCUCCAUCUCUGCUAUCUGAGCCAGGGGCUGCUGGAGCAGCCUGCUCACUAGAGGAAAGUGCUGGGCUUGUGGUGCCGAGGGCAUGAUUAUUUCACUGUUAACCCAACCCACUUUGGGGAGAGUGGCACUGAUCCUUGGGGCAAAGGGAAAUGGGGUUCUAGGCAGCAGUGCUGCUUGAAGCUGUAAACGGGAAUGGGGAGGAGUAAAGUUGAGCAGCUGGGAAGCCUCAUCAGAGAUGGAGUAGCCCAGCUUCACCACUCUAUGGCCCCUCUUAAAGGGUGAUUGGACUGCCCUCUGCUCUAAUGCCAGCUCCUGGGGCAAAGCACUGGGUGCUGUCUGUCCAAGGUACAAAUGCUGUGUAAUAAGCUGCCUCCCCUCUGCCUUAUUCAAUAAAGACUUUCCCACA